AUGUUCAGAACUGAGAAAAGCAAAUUUACCUUCAGCCCAGGCCAGCUUUCUAAGUUGCUCAAUCCCAAGAGCCUCAACGCCUUUUAUGCCCUUGGGAGAAUUGAUGGUAUAGAGAAGGGACUGCAUACAGAUCGCAAUACUGGCCUCAGCGCCGAUGAGUCCACAGUGGCUGGAGAGGUCGCAUUCCACGAAGUUGCGCCAAAAAGAACACCAAAACACGGGAUGGCUGGUGAUGUAAUACCAGAGAGUAAUGCUGAAGCAGCAGUUCAUAUUCCUCCCCCUGAGAAUCCCAACUCUACUAGGAUUUUUUGCGACCGAAAAAAGAUCUUCAGAGACAAUCGCCUUCCUGAUAAGAAGACAAAAUCCCUCUUGGAGAUUGCCUGGACUACCUAUAACGACAAAGUUCUCAUUCUCUUGACCAUUGCGGCGAUUAUAUCACUAGGUCUAGGCCUUUGCCAAACCUUUGGAGGCGAGCAUAAAAAAGGGGAGCCCAGAGUCGAGUGGGUUGAAGGUGUCGCAAUUAUUGUUGCUAUCGUUAUUGUUGUGCUGGUCGGUAUGAUCAACGAUUGGCAUAUGCAGCGACAGUUCACCCGGCUCACUAAGAGAGCCAAUGAUCGUAUGGUCAAGGUUAUUCGUUCAGGGAAGUCCCAAGAGAUAUCCAUCAACGACGUCAUGGUCGGGGAUGUCAUGCAUCUUGCCACGGGGGAUAUCGUACCAGUAGAUGGCAUCUUUAUUCAAGGCAGCGCCGUCAAGUGUGACGAAUCUUCAGCUACUGGAGAGUCGGAUCUGCUCCGAAAGACACCGGCAGCAGAUGUGUUCGAUGUCAUCCAGAAACUCGGCACCAAGGAGGCAGAGAAGCUCGAUCCUUUCAUCAUCUCGGGAAGCAAGGUCAAUGAGGGCAAUGGGACAUUUCUUGUGACUGCUGUGGGUGUGAAUUCCAGCUAUGGCCGAAUAUCAAUGGCCCUCCGCACCGAACAGGAAGACACACCUCUACAGAAGAAGCUCAACAUCUUGGCCGAUUGGAUCGCCAAAGUAGGUACGGGCGCCGCGCUGUUGUUAUUCGUCGUGCUCUUCAUCAAGUUCUGUGCUCAGCUUCCCAACAACCACGGAUCUCCCUCUGAGAAGGGUCAAGAAUUCAUGAAGAUUUUUAUCGUCUCAGUCACUGUUGUUGUAGUGGCUGUCCCCGAAGGAUUGCCUUUGGCAGUCACACUAACACUGAGCUUUGCGACUGUCAAGAUGCUCCGCGACAACAAUCUCGUUCAAAUCCUCAAGGCCUGCGAGGCGAUGGGCAAUGCCACGACUGUUUGCUCUGAUAAAAACUGGGACACUUACCCAGAAUAA